CACUUCUCUUCCUUGCCUGCGUUAAGGAUAACCAAACCAGAGCCUACUGACGACGACGACAACUGACCUCACUCAUUUUUUUGAAAAAUAUUCCCCCAAAAACAACUAGUGUUGAAAGACUGGGCAAAGGUACGAGUUAAGUCCCUGACCACAAGAGGAUGCAAUUCCAGUGAGACGUUCUCCUCCAUUCUUUGUUUUCCUUUGUGUGUUCAGUUUUCAUCUGAAAAUUUGUGGUGACGAUUACACCUGGGAAUAGUCUAGAAAUUUAAGAUUUUUAGUUGGCAAUCCCAGUGGGAGCACCGUCGUCGGCACAUAAAUAUGACCUUGGGUGGAGGCAGAACGGCGCUGGGUGAGGUGACUACCCACAAUAUAAAGCAACUUAAAAAGUUGAACUCUGUUGUCUUUCCUGUCAGCUAUAAUGACAAAUUUUACAAAGACGUUCUUCAAGCUGGAGAGCUAGCUCGCCUUGCAUAUUACAAUGAUGUCGUGGUGGGAGGAGUUUGUUGCAGAAUAGACCUUUCAGAGGGUCAACGACGCUUGUACAUAAUGACUUUAGGAUGCCUAGCUCCAUAUCGACGACUAGGAAUAGGAAGAUUAAUGUUGGAUCAUGUACUUCAAUACGUAGAAAAAGAUGGAAGCUUUGAUUCAAUCUUUUUACAUGUCCAAGUCAACAAUGAAAGUGCGAUUUCGUUUUAUCAAAAAUUUGGAUUCAGCAUCGUGGAAACAAAACCUGCUUAUUAUAAAAGGAUUGAACCUGCAGAUGCUCAUGUUUUGUUACGUGCAGAACAGAAGACGUUAAGGAAAACUAAUGAAGAACAAGUGAACCAUCCAACUGUGAACGGCACUAUGUCAAAUGGUCCAACAACUAACAACUCUAAUCAUCAUAACCCUCAUCAACAUUAUAAUGGCCGUGCAAAAUAAUAGGAAUCCAAUGGAUCAUCAACUCGCAUUUAAUUAGAUAAUUUUUUCGUUGCAUCAAUCAUAUUGUUGUAUUAAUAACCUCCUCCCUCCUGCGUUGCUCCAUGUACCUAUGUACUGCAUUUAACAACACGUGUUUAAUGUUGCCUAAAUUUUUAAACCUGCAUAUUGUGUUUUAAGUGAUUUGCAGAUUUUAACUGAUUUUGUCUCCUACACAGCAAACAGUGUCAACGGUGUUCGAUUUUAAUAAGUACUUUUUGUACCAAGUCAGUGGUAAUUGAUGAAACAUAAAGAAAAACCUGAUUGUAAUAAUCUUAAGAUAAAAUUAAAGAAACGAUCGAAUAAAUAAAAUGAUGCAAGUAACAUACAUAGAA